AUGUGUGGAUACGAAGCAACAAGUGGUAACGCUUACAUAGGCGGCGGCGUUGUGAAGGAGAGAAACCUGAAGAGGCGCAAAGCUGGCGAGGAAUACUCGCCGAAAACCAUGUUUCAUGUCGUCAUUGGACUGAACCUACUACUCGGCGUGUUCCGGUUGGUGUCUGCAGAACAGUUGCAAAUAAAUGGCCCAGAAUGUGGCUUAUCAGCACCAUCAAAAAGGAUUGUGAACGGCAAGGCAGCUCAAGAGGAUCAGUUCCCGUGGAUGGUAUUCCUGAAGGUGUUCUUCCCUGGCCAGGCUACAAGAUGUGGAGGGAGCAUCAUAACGAAACGGCACGUGCUGACUGCUGGACAUUGUACGCUACUCAACGACGAAGAGGCUCUGAAGAUCGACGUCAUCUACGGCAGCAAUGACAUUCACAAAGGCACGACCCUGCGGGCCAUGAAGAUGAUUCGACAUCCCGAAUUCGAUGCCGCCAAGUUUCUCCAUGACAUAGCCAUACUCCUGGUAGACAACGAAUUCGUGUAUGGAAACAACGCAAAGCCGAUUUGUGUUCCGUCUGCACCCGUGAAUAUAUUCAACUCGGACGUUGUCGUCGCUGGUUGGGGCUUCCUUUCUCAAGAUGGCCAAGCAGUGGAUUAUCUUCGGUACACAGUCGUCAAGGUUGUUCCUAAUGCACGUUGCGCCGACAAGUUCCAGCACACCGGCUAUCGGCAAGACCUUAUGUACUGUGCGUACAGGCUCAACACCGAUGCUUGUCAGGGCGACUCCGGAGGUCCCAUGAUGACGCGAAUCGAAGAUGGCCGCUACCUUCAAGUGGGCAUCGUAUCCUACGGCAUCGGGUGUGCGCUGGACGACAUGCCGGGAGUGUACGCGCGUCUCGAAGCCCUCGUUCCCUGGUUAAUGGAGUUCAUCGGUGCCUACGACCGCUACAGGGACCUCAACAUGGAGGACAUACCGCCGCCGUCUAAAUAGUGUGUGUACAAGCCAGGACCUCAGUGGAUUUUCUUACGAGAGCUACUCAAA